AUGGAGCAUCAUGCAAAAGAUCGAAUCGACCGUAUUCUUGACCGAAUUCACUCAUUGGAGGAGGAUCUUGCCGUCGAUGAUAUCAUUGAGCUGAGACGUAUCUCUGAGAGUUCUCGUGUUCUUGACAAGUUCAAGGUCUCCCGUGCUGAGUAUUGGAACUGGCUCGACAAAAUCGGUGAUGAUACCCGCGGUGUUGAGUAUGAUGCACAGAAUGCACGUAUUGUCUUGAAAGGAGGCCUAGGAUGGAUGCAUGAGGCUGCCGCUGAUGUGGUCCGUAAAGUCUUGUAUCAAAUACGAGACAGGUUGAAUGCCACUACUGGCUCACGCUACUUCUUGACCGGCAGCAUAGAUAUGUUAAUAACCCCCUCAUGUUGUUCAUUGCCCGGCGACUUUGACGGAUCUACAAAACAAGCAGAUGCGUCUCCCAUGGAAUAUGAAGCUAAAUGGCCAGCUGUGGUUCUUGAGAUUGGCAUUAGUGAGACCACAAGCAAUCUCUAUAAAGACACAGAGUGA